GCUCUGUCUUCCAUCAUGCCAGUCGACAUGGCCAUCAGGAUCUGUCUCCCCAGCUCUCCUCCACUGCACUCCUUCCUCGCUAACCAUGACAACCAUCUUUACACGCCAGCCACUGUGUCAUCACACUACCAGCUGUUGCGACCCUGUCUGUCGUCCGAAUGUGUCAACACUGUCGUCACAGCAACUGCGUUUACGACAGGCAUGUCAGAAGAGAAUGACUACCCGCUGAGGAGGAGCCAGAAGAAAAGUGUGGUGUUUGCAGACUCUCAGGGUUUGGCACUCACGACUGUCCAUGUCUUCUCUGAGACCGAGAGCGACCAGCUAGCUGAGCUGCAGUUCCACUUGACAGAGAUGGAGGGUGCAGCCGAAAGACUCUACCUGGGAAACAACAAAGAUUCAACAGUUUCCUGUCUUGUUCUGGGUUUUACUCCACCAGCUGUAGACUAUCUGGACCUGAGGAACCGGCUUAAAACCAAUCAUGUUUCUUUGGAGACCUGUUCAAUACAGGAAAACCUACUUUCUGGUACUGUUCAGGUCCAAAACAUCUGUUUUGAGAAGUUGGUCUUGGUCAGGAUCACCUUUGACUCGUGGACCUCCUUCCAAGACGUCGAGUGCCGGUACUUGAACAACGUCUACGGCUGCCCUGACACGGACACCUUUGCCUUCUCUGUUGCAAUGCCCCAGAACCUGGACUCCUCCAACAGUGUGGAGUUCUGCAUCCAGUACCAGACACAGGACCAGACCUUCUGGGACAACAAUCUGGGGAACAACUACCGCCUAAUGACUGUGGAUCCGAAUGGUUGUCCGAGCCGAAUCCCUGACAGGAGCUCUGGACUGGACUCCCAGAGGGACAGCAAUGGGGAGAAGAUGGAUGAAAUGGAGUUUGGCCCCUUAGGAAGUCCCAGGACCUCAGUGGGGAUCUUCUCCGAGUGGCAAAGCUGGAGUUGCGUUGAGACCAGUGCCCCCUACUGGUGAGGGCAGCAGGGGUUUUUAGUUAGACCAGUUUUAUCCUCUGAAUGUUAGAAACCUUUUGGAACUCCUCUGGAGUGUCCGUGUUACCCUGUAGAUCCAAAGCACAGCCUACACUCUGUCACUUUACCUUCUGGAACCACUCGAAUGAAGAUCCUCGUUGGGUUCGGGCACCGUCUGCACAGAUCCAAUCUCAGGAACUCAUGAGGCUCCAGGACUCAAACCGGAGCUGAAGGUUCUCCACAUCAACUGAAUCCUGAAAUGCACCUGUCCUUGGACUCAGUCCAGCUUCAGAGUAACUGCAACAAAACCAGCAUGGGGUUCCCUGGAGGGAAAACCUCAGAACUCCACAGGAACAUUUGGGGCUCGGGACCGUUCAGAACUUUAUUAAGGUUCCAGGACUUUAAAAAAGUCUUCUGAAGCUUCAGGACGUCUCAGACGUGACUUCCACUGGACCGAAGACAAUCUGAACUCUGGACCAUCAAACCUUUUCUUCUUGGGAGCACUUGGAACUGGAUCGAAAGGUUUCACUUCACAUUCAUGACAGAACCUGAGUGGAGUUCUGGUCCUCUGGGAGCUCAUUGACCUCAGAACUGAUGUUUCUGUCUGGAGGGGGGCACCUUGACCACAACCAGAACCAGAACCAGAAAUCCAGUCCUUUAAUCAUUUCUGUAAAGAGAAAGGGAAGAGGUUCCACCGAGGUUGGGGGGGUCACAGGUCGGUUAGCCGUGCUGGGUCACGGUGCCGUGCACGAUUUUAAAGAGUUCUGUUUAUGUACUGAACUGGUGGACUGGUGUUUAGGUGGUACUCAUAAGUCCGACCCAUUCGUCAUUAUGUGUAAUUUUAGUUAAACACAUGUUGGUCAUCAUGGUAAUGGAUCAGAACCAGCAGAGGCGAUACCUGGGUGACGGUCCACCUGGGAAUGUGUAUAACUGAAUUUUUAGCAAUGGAAUUUUAAAGCUUGAAUGUCUUGUUCGGUGGUUCUGUUGGGCUUUUUUUCCCUUUUCUUUUAGGGGAACUGAAACAGAUUCUGUACCGUUUGGACCAAAAAAGUUCUGCGAGUUCUGAUGGUUCUGGUUCCCCCUGAUGUGAGUCUCUACAUGUGUUUGGUUGAUUAUUGAUUUAGCUUAAUUCAAGCCCUCAGAUAAUAAACACUCUGCAGUACAGGUGGUUGCAGGUGUUGGGAAACCAUUUCUGUUCAAUUUCAGUUUCGUUCAUAGGAAACUUUUUAUUUAUUGGCUGAACCUAUUGGCUGUUUUUAUCCACCUACAGUCACACAGCGCACGUACGUGCACGUCUCACUUCAGGAAGUGAUGUCACUUUAAUUUGUCUUGGAAACAGCUGAAGCUAACGCUGCACAUCCUGUUAGCUCCUGUUUAUCAUUUCAAAGCCUUUCUGAGCAACAAACACUGCAGUGCUCUUAUGUGCGUGUGCGUGUGCGUGUGCGUGUGUGUGAGUGACAGGACGUCUGAAGGUAAAUGUAAAGUGUUAAAAAAGUACCGUCAUCGACCUGCUGACAUUGAAAAGUAAAGGAACCUGAACGCAUCACGCUGGAACCUGAACGCAGCACGGCGGUCAUGGCGAGCCCUUCAUGUAUUCUUAUUGUUUAACUUUGUGUUAGUGAUGUCACUGUAAACAGACUGAUGAGUGGACACAUGAUGAUGUCAUCAUGUUUUCCUGUAUGUAAUAGGAAGUGAUGUAAAUAUGAGCGUUGACUGUUCCUUUAGCGUUUGUCCUUUCAAAAUAAAAGUUUAAUAAAGUUUA